GAUGGAACGCUGGCCUUUAGACAGUUAUCUUUAUAUGCCGUUAUAGGUCAACAUUCCGAAAAACUUCAACAGAAAUUAACUGCAAAUGUAAUUACAUCCCAAACAUUUCUGAUAAUGGAAGCAUUUUCUCUCUAAAGGGGAUGGGAUUAUUGGAUUAGCAAUUUCUCUUAAUCUGAGAAAACUCAUCUCCCACUCCCUUCCCCAUAUCCCCUUUCCAUCCUCUCUCUUCCCCCUGAUACACACACGCACACGCAUGCACACACGUAUAUUCUGACCAUUUUAUUAGAGUGGAAAGUUGAAAGGAAGCAGCCCGCCAGCUACACCCACCCAGCGCUCCUGGGGGUGGAAUAGCAAAGUUCUAGGGCAGAGCCUUCCCUCCCAGAGCCCGGCGAUGCAGUCGCUCUCGGAUACCUGCUCAGCUCCGCACCGCAACUGAAGAUCUGCCGCCGCGGAACAGUUGCGUCUCCAUCUGGCUACCAACCCACCCAAGCUUUCUUCUCCACCACCACCACCUUCCUUCCUUCCCCCUCCUCCCCCUCCUUUCCGUCUUCCCUCUCCACCCCCGCCCCCAAUCUCCUCCUUUUUUUCUCACUACGAGCGGUUGCUGAUGCUGAAGCCGAGCGUCACUUCGGCUCCCACGGCAGACAUGGCGACAUUGACAGUGGUCCAGCCGCUCACCCUGGACAGAGAUGUUGCAAGAGCAAUUGAAUUACUGGAAAAACUACAGGAAUCUGGAGAAGUACCAGUGCACAAGCUACAAUCCCUCAAAAAAGUGCUUCAGAGUGAGUUUUGUACAGCUAUUCGAGAGGUGUAUCAAUAUAUGCAUGAAACGAUAACUGUUAAUGGCUGUCCCGAAUUCCGUGCGAGGGCAACAGCAAAGGCAACAGUUGCAGCUUUUGCAGCUAGUGAAGGCCACUCCCACCCUCGAGUAGUUGAACUGCCAAAGACUGAUGAAGGCCUUGGUUUUAAUGUGAUGGGAGGAAAGGAGCAAAAUUCCCCCAUUUAUAUCUCUCGCAUAAUUCCUGGAGGGGUGGCUGAAAGACACGGAGGCCUCAAAAGAGGAGACCAGCUGCUAUCAGUGAACGGAGUGAGUGUGGAAGGAGAACACCAUGAGAAAGCUGUGGAACUACUCAAGGCUGCUAAAGACAGCGUCAAGCUGGUGGUGCGAUAUACCCCAAAAGUUCUGGAAGAAAUGGAGGCUCGCUUUGAAAAGCUACGAACAGCCAGGCGUCGGCAGCAGCAGCAAUUGCUAAUUCAGCAGCAGCAACAGCAGCAGCAGCAACAAACACAACAAAACCACAUGUCAUAGGCCCUUGAGGGAAAACUACUUGAUCAAACAUCCGAUAGUCACAAAUUUGAAACCGUGCUUCAGAAUCCCAGCACAUAGUAAAAGACAACACUGAUAAUUAUGCCUGUCAAGAAGCUGUGAACACAUGGUGUAUAAAUUCUUUACCAAGGCAACUCGACACCUUCUUUCUCUGGGCUUGAACCGCCACUGCUCACACGGGCUUUACAUACAUUGACCUUCCAUUCACUGCAGUGGGAAUUCUCAGUGUGCAGAGGGAGAGGUUUUCUAGUCUGCAAACUGAAACAGUGUAAGAAGAAUAAAGUCUAUGACUUUUAAAUAAAUCACCAGGGCCAAGAUUGAGUGAAUCUUGGGUCCAUAGCUUUUCCAGAUAUUAGCAAACCCCUCAUUACGCUAUAAUUCAAACUGCAUCAGUUCAAAGUGAAACCUACACAUUGCUCCUUACCCUCACCUGCUCCACAAUCCAUAGUGCUGAGUUGUCUGAAUUGGAAUUCCAGUUAAUUGCAAGUUCAACCUGUUUUCCUCUUGAAAAUCGCAAGGUAUCAUACUAUAUUUAUAUUUUCUUCAGGUUCUAGAAGCAAUCGGCUUUUUCUUUUGUUUCCACGAAUUUUAUUAUGCAUUAAUAGAAUGGACCAAUUUUAGCUCAACUUUUAGUUUGUUAGAAGAAAGCGUAGGAACUCUAGCACUGUAGUUUUUACUUAUUGCUUGUAUCUAUUAUUAUUAAUUCCAACAGAGUAUAAUGUAUAUUUAUUCUAUAAAAUAUAUAUUAUCAGAGUGCAUUUGUUACAACUUAGGUUCUUUUCUUACCGAGUAUUAAGAAUCUAGUAAGAGAAUACUAGCAAAGGACCUAGCCCCGUGAACAGAUUCUCAUAUGUUAUAUACAUAAACCCACUCUCAAUAUUUUUUGUUGAGUUUUAUACUUUUUGAUUGAUAAACACUGAAGAAAUCUAAACUCUACUCACACUGAUGUGGUGUCAUAGAAGCCUAUUUCAUAUUUUAAAGCUUAGCAAAACUAAAUUAUAUGUGCAUAUAUAUUCAAAUAUUUGUGUCACACAAAGUUUAGGUCAAUUUCCCCAAAUAUAAACUAGAUAUUUUUGGCACUCUAAGAUAAACAAGUAUUAUUUCUCUUAUAAUUGGGCAGGUGGAAACCAGUGAUAUCAAUAUUGUGAAUGGCAGAUGCUGCUUCCUCUAGAAAAAAAAAAUAAAACCACCAACUUUGUUAAUAUAUUCCCAUAGGUAAAUAGACAAUGAGAUAUCAUCUUUCAGAAAAUAUCAUUCACUGGAAAAUAAUCUGUUAUAACUACAUUUACAAGUCAUAAUUUUUGGUUUAUGGUAAAUCUAGGCACCUAAGUCUGAUUUUACUUUAUGAAAUAAAUAGGAAGCAAUAAUUGUUUGGGCAUUUGAAUACCUUAAGCACAUAAAUGAACCUAAGAAAAGAAUAAUUGCUUAGUUGAAGUAUUCAAAAUAGAUCAGGAAACCACAGGCAAAUAUUUGAAUGUUCCCUUUUCUCAAAUACAGAAAUUGAUUCCCCAAGAUACAAUACAAUUUGACACUUCAGAUAAUCCCCCAAAAUAGAAAUGUAUGAAGCUCAGUUUAGACUGUCUUCUUGAAAAUAAAACAAAACCAAUCAAAACUAUCCAGCACAUUUUAUUAUGCCCUGUUGGGUGAUAGUACUGUCAAUACCAGGUUUUCCCUGCUCUUCACAAUGCAUCCCUCACCAGAGGAAAAACAGCAAGGAAACUAGGACAUUUGCUAAUUUCAACAAUGCCCCCCUGUGAUAACAGAUUCCCAUCCUUGAAUACAUAUCAUUUUUUACUAGACAGAACGGGGGUGGUGAGGUGGGGGCAGUUAGGACCCUGUAUGUUAUGUAAAAUAGAUUUACAAAAAGGACAAGCAUGAUAAAAGGGAAUGAAUGGAGACGAUGUAUUCAGUUUGAAAGAGAUAGUUCACAUUUUUAUAAGAAAAAUUUAAUAAAACAUAUAUUUUAGUUAUCAUUUAACAAAGAUAUAUUAAAGCUAUUCAGGCAAUGCCACAGGAUUCUCAUGAAGGGAAAUCACUGAACCCUUGUCAUGAGAAAAUGGUCAUUUCAACACAUUUCAAUACAUUGUAUAAAUUUGGAGCUUAAGGUGAGUGAGUAUGUUUUCACUUAGUCAUAAAUGUUUGGUCAAAAUUAAAGUUAUCAUAUGGUUUCACAUCAAUACAAAUAUUGUCACAGUGUUACAGAAACAACUAUCAAAUGGUAAGAUAGUUUACAUUUGUGUUUUCUAGAAGCCUUUGUAUUUAUGCUUCAUUUGGUUAAUGUUAAGUGCUGAUAAAGGCAUACCAGAUUGUUUGUCAAAGUAAAGAAGCAAUCCAUCACACCUAGGACAUCUAAGGAUGGAUUAUACGUCAGAGUGGUCUCAUAUACAAAUGACCAUUUUCCUUCAGUAAAAUCUUGUUGGUUGAAAUGUAAGUCUUUUCCUAAAGUUUUAAUCAGAGGUAGCCAUCACUAAGACUUAAGCCACCUGUGGUUCUCUUAAGUUUCACUGAAGCCAGAAGAAGAAGGAAAUUACCACAACUUGUAUUAUACUAAUUAUCUUCAUUAUUAACGAUCAUAUUAGAGCCACUGACAUGUCCCAAAUUAUAUUAAAAUAAAAAUCUGCAUUGCUCUGACAUGAAGCUCAAUUCAAUGUAAUAAACAAAUUAGGUAUUAAACGUUAUAAUUUUAAAAACUGCUAUGAUAUCACCAGAAAUCCUGGUGAAAUUUAAUUUUUUCCCUUUUUUAGGUCAGUGGCCGGUGGGAUAGAUUUUUCUAAACUUUUUCCUGCUAUGAUUUUGAAGACAAAUACAUAGAGCACAGUUCAGUAAAAGAGUUUCCAAGCCUUUUCACUGGAGCAUUUACAUUUUGAUUCUGUUGUCAUUUGAAAUAGAACAUCUGCAGGGAGAUAACGAGCUUAAGUUACAAUUGACUUUGGAAAGAAUAACAGACUUUUGUGUUUCCUCAAUCAUGUAGUCAAUAGGGAAUUCUCCAGUUAUGUGAACAAUCACAAUCUUUUAAGACAAUACUUAGAUCUAAAUGCAAAAUCUAGCAUGCAGAGGCUUUUUAAGGAUUUUAGACUGUCUCCAAAGAACUUGGCUCAAGAUGGAUUACACAGAUUUACAAAUGCAGUUUUCAACUGUGACAUCAAACUGAUCUUAUCUCAUUUCAUGUUACUCAACUGUGCCCGUAGGACCCCAAGAGGUGGAAUAUUUUGUCUACAUUAUUUUAAACAUCUAUAGAUAUGUGUGGAUGUGUGAAUAAUGCCUAAAUUUCUCAUCUUUUAACUAGUUUGUUUUUAUCAUACAGACACAGCCUGUUCAUAAGACCAGCUUUAGACAACUUAGAACUCAAUGCUCUGAAGAUUCAGGGAGGCCAACAUAGAAAAAGAUCUUCCAAAAUAUGAGGUGGUCCGACCCAUCUCAUCCCUCUCUAGCUGGAAAACUAUAGAGAAAGGGCUGUGACUGCCUUGACCACUGCCUGGCACAAUGUAGGCACUCAGUAUUUGUUGGAUGAAUAAAUGGCUGAAUCAGUGAAUAUACAAAAAACAUGGAUUUUGCCUUCUGAAAAUCUCACAAAUUUUACCAGCUUAUAUUAUACUGAUUGUCACUAUGAUUUCUAAAUUUCAUGGUUAGAACCAUAAUUGAGUCCAUAUAAAAACUUUUUAGAUGUAUGAAUUUGGAAUUUCAUUAAUUACUUUAAAGGCUUCAAAGAUUUGAGGACAUUUGAACAGUGGAUAAGGAACAAUGUUUGGGGAUACAGAGUUUUUAUGCUGAGUUCAACUCAACCUUUCUAGUUCUUUAUACAAGCUUCCUGAAUUAUCUGGCAGGAAUGAUUCAAACAUAAAACCCCAUUUUUAAAUUUUAUAAAAGAUAUUUUCAUUUUUAUAUAAAAAUAUCAUCAGGCAUAUUAUCCCCUUUGAUAUUUAUUAACAACCGUUCUCUAAGAAAUUCAUAAUAAUUGGAGACACCAUCCCUAAAUCUCUCCUAUUUUCAAAAGAUCAUUUAUCCUUUCAUAUUUGAUUCCUAAAAUACACUAAGCUGAAGUUUAAUCACAUAUUUACUCAGAUGUUUCCAUGUGUUUAUUCAUUUAACAAAUACUUAUUGUGUACCUAGUGCAUGCUAGGUUCUGGAAAUGCAACAGCAAACAAGACAGACACAAUCCCUCUUGGAGCUUACUGUGAGAAACUCUCCAACGUUUACCCUAGCAAUAACUAGAGAGUUUACUGUCCAUUGGGUCCUCUUCACACCUGAUAGAAAAAAUAAAAUUCCUCACCCCAUGGAAGUCAUGAAAUACUCCCUGCACAGAUUUGUGUGAGCUUGCUUUUCUAAAACCACUGCUCAAAAAUGCUGCUCAGUUUAUCUAUAAACCAUGGUUAUACCCCAGUGAGGUAGGUAAGUAAUUUAUUCAUAACUAGCAUUUAUGCAGCUCUAUUUUCUAGCUACUGUGCUGAGUGCUUUUAUGGACUAUCUCACUAAAUCCCUUCAACAACUCUAUUCAGUAGGUUCCAUUUUAUAGAUAAAAAAACUGAAGCACAGAUAUAUUAUGUGACUUGUCCAAGGUCACACAGCUAGCAGGUGGAACUGGGAUUUGAACCCACGCAGUCUGACACAAGAGUUCAUGUGUGAAAUCAUUAUCGUGGUUUGGGGGACACCAUUACAUUAAAAUGAAUGAGUCACUAAGUGAGUCACUGUAUAUAAAAUACUUGGAAAUUGUAAAGUAAUAUACAAAAGAUAUUAACAAGGUAUUAUUCAUGGUAAACAAAUCACAUCAGUAGCAAACACAGGGUGAGAACUCAAUCUUAUGUUGUAGCUUACUCUUGAGAAGAAUAUGUGAAGCCAGGAACAUGGUUAAAGGUACAGACCAGAAAAUUUCUGACAUGUGAUAAAUAUUUCAGUGACUUUUCAGAUUUAUUUCUUGUUAGCCACUGUGUCUAUUUGGUGCUACAAAAACUGAAAGAAACAAAAUCCCUGAUGUAAGGGCUUAUAAUAAAUACACAGUUUGGAGAUGAACUAAGGAUAUUUUACAUUUACGGGGAAGGAUUGGACAAUAGUAUCAUUUUCUCACCAUUUGCAUGUACAUCAUGUCUUUCCAAUUGUUUUCAUUAUUUUUCUGAAAGAGCUGCAAAAUUGUGCAGUGGUUCAACCUGACCAAAGUGGUAUUAUGCUGCUGGGAAGUAAAAGUAUUAGACACUAAA